AUGUACGGAUAUGCUGCUUCCAAGUUUUCCCUCUCCCACGAGGAGAAGCUGUCUUUAAUCGAGGAGAAGUCGCUAUCUGAUGUGGAAAGCGAGAGCGGCCGGGCGGAUAUAGAGACUCGAUUCUCGACGCGGAGAUGGAUCACAAGCGCAAAGUCAUACUGUAAAGCAGUACGGUUCUCAUCAUGGAGCUCCACGAUAUUACGGACGGCAAUCUUCCUGACACCCAGCUUCGUACAUCACCGACUUACCCGCGAGCGCUCACGGAACGAUAGAAUUGGGCCAACAGCCUACUUGGAUGGCAUGCGAGGCUUAGCCGCGCUCUUCGUUUUCUUCUGUCAUUACUUUUAUACGGCAUUCGCAAUAGCAGAAGGAUGGGGUCAUAACAACGCAAACUACGAAAUAUGGAAGCUCCCUUUUGUCCGGUUACUUGUCAGUGGACCAACCAUGGUCUGCCUUUUCUUUGUUAUUUCAGGGUACGCCCUAUCGUUGAAGCCGUUGAAGCAAAUUCGCAGUCGCACAUUCGACGGCUUUGCCGCUACGAUGUCAUCGUUCGUCUUCAGGCGGGGCUUUCGACUCUUCCUUCCCACGACCAUUUCUACAUUCAUGGUUCUCAUCCUCCUCCAGCUCGGCUUCUACGAACACAAUCAGGAGUUCGCCAACGACAAACAAUUCUUCAGAAACGUUGUCGAAUUCCAUCCGCAGCGCAAAGAGACGCUCAACGACGAGCUUUCUCGUUGGGGCACCGAAAUGUUCAACUUUGUCCAUGUUUGGGGCUGGGAGAAGUUUGGCGGAAGCACGGGUUAUGAUGUGCAUCUAUGGACCAUACCCGUGGAGUACCGGUGCUCCAUGAUGCUGUUCCUUGUGUUGUUCGGGCUGGCAAGGCUACGAACUGGACUGCGCUUCCUUUGUCUGGCAGGAAUCUCCUGGUUUGUCCUACGAAACGAUCGAUGGGAGAUGUUCCUGUUCCUGGCUGGUAUGGGCCUAGCUGAAUUGGACAUAAUCCGUGGAGCACACAACCCGCCGCCUUCGCAAACAUCCGCGAGAUCCAUACUCCCUUUCGAGGAGACGCCAUCUACGCGGAAACGAUGCCCCAAGGCAUUGAUGUGGAUCGUUUUAUCGAUCCCGGCCUUGUAUCUAAUGUGCGAACCCGACUUGGGGACCGAAGGCAUGCCAGGCUGGCAGUUCUUGGGCACCCUGAUUCCAGAAUGGUUUUCCGACAAGUACCGAUACUGGCAGAUGAUCGGAUCUGUCAUAUUCGUCUUCUGCGUCGCACGCUCACCCCAGUGGCAGAGCGUCUUCAACACCUCGUUCGUACAAUAUUUUGGGCGCAUCAGCUACGCCAUCUACCUGAUGCACGGCCCCGUCAUGCACACGAUCGGAUAUAUCAUUGAAAAAUGGGCCUGGAGCUUGACCGGCACCGAAGGUUACGCAUACAACACCGGUUUCAUCCUCGCCAGUUUCAUCAACAUUCCUUUGGUCAUCUGGGCGGCUGACGUCUUCUGGCGAGGCGUUGAUGCACCCACUGUCAGGUUUACGAAAUGGUUGGAGAGCAAGGUUGUUAUUUUGGAUUAG